AUGGAGAGAUUCAACAAAGUGUGCCUGGACAUACAAAGCCUACCAACGGAAGCAGCCAUUAUGGGUCUCAUCAAUGACCUGCGAGAAGGACCUUUUAGCCACUCCAUAUCAAAGAAACAUCCGACAUCUCUGAAUAAAGUGCAGGAACGAGCCGAGAAGUACAUCAACAUGGAGGAAAACUCUCAACUAGGAGAGACAUCGAAAUCUGGAUUCUCCUACUCCUCUCGGAAUAAGGAUAAAGAGUCCAAGAAAAAAAAAGAUCAACAUGGUGAGAAGCCUAAAAAAUACAACAACUACACCUCCCUUCGGGUGUCUCUCGUGGAUAUUUACCGAGAAGUGUGCCACACCAAAAAGAUUUCACCACCUCGCCCACUCAAAAGCAAGAAAGGAGGAGGAAAUCGGACAGAGUACUGCAAAUAUCACCGAAUCUACGGACAUCCUACCAAUGAGUGCUUCGACUUAAAAAAUGUUAUUGAGAAAUUGGUAAGAGAAGGACGACUAGAUCGAUAUUUAGCCAACAAAUCGGAAGAGCCCCGAAAAAAAAGAAAGGACGAAGAGGUCGGGCGAGGAGAGCGACCACUGCGCUCCCCGGAGAGGCACAUUCAUAUGAUAAACGGAGGAUUUGCAUGA